AAUAUUAUAUAGAAAAAGGCCCUGUUACAUUGAGUAAGUUGGCUCCCGGUGUAUAAGUGUGAGUUGUCGGCCGCCGCCGCGCCGGCAGUCGCACCGCGCGCGCCGCCCCGAGCACACGCCGCCGCGCGCCACACCCAGUGCAGUGACUACCGACUAGUGCGUGAGGGACAUGCCGGAGCGGGGCGACGCCUGACGCCCGCCAGUCGCCGCCAGGCGCCACGCUCGCACCUGACGCUGGGCCACUCUCGCUUGACGUGCGUCACAGUCUCGCAGGUUAUUGCGGUUGUGUCACGGCUAAUGAACGAAUGAAAAUUACCUUAUAACAAACAUUCGCAGACUGCAGUCAGCGAGCUCCUUACGUAUGAAAACAGGGAGGCUGGCGAGGCGCGCGUGAUGUAGCGCGGCAUGGCGGGCCGAGCGCUAACCGUGGCGCUGCUGGUGGCGCUGGCGGGCUGCGCCGGGCCGCGCGCCGCGGGCGAGCCCACGCUGGCGGCGGACGCGCUGGACGCCGCCGAGCUGGAGCUGGCCGAGGUGGCGGAGGUGCCGGCGUGGCGCGAGCUGUGGUACGGCUCGCUGGAGUCGCUGCACCGCGAGCCCAGCAUCAACAACACGCAGGAGGACGUGCUGGCGCAGCUCGGCGCCGUGGCCUUCCUGCACUGCCCCGUGCGCAACCUGGGCGAGCGCGGCGUGUCGUGGGUGCGGCGCCGCGACUGGCACAUCAUCAGCUCCGGCAUGCUCAUGUACACCAACGACGAACGCUUCCAGGUGUUGCACAGUGAAGGUUCCGACGACUGGAUCCUUCAAAUCAAAUACGUUCAGAAGCGAGACAACGGCACCUACGAGUGCCAGGUGUCGACGGGCUCGGGCACGCUGUCGCGGCUGGUGCACCUUCACAUCGCCGUGCCUGAAGCCUUCAUCCUGGGCGCCGACGAGCACCACGUCGACGCCGGCUCCACCAUCAACUUAGUCUGUAUUAUAGAAAAGAGCCCGGUACCACCGCAGUACGUGUUCUGGUACCAUAACUCGCGCAUGAUCAACUACGACGCGGCGCGGGGCGUCACCGUGGUCACCGAGCCGGGGCCCAAGACGCAGUCGGCGCUGGCCAUCCGCGCGGCCGGCGCGCAGCACUCCGGCAACUACACGUGCUGCGCCGCCAACACCGAGCCCGCGCACAUCUACGUCUACGUGUCCGAAGGCAGCGACAAGAUGGCGGCCACGCUGAGCCGCAACACGAGCGGCGCGCGCCGCCCCGCCGCGCCCUCCGCGCUGCUGGUGUCCGCGCUGCUGGCCGCGGCCGGCCGCGCGCUGCGCCCCGCGCCCUCCUGAGCCCACCACUAUACUAACUUUAAAUUAUAUUGAUAUUCUGUAAAUAUAGAACACCUGUACUUUUAUCAGGAAUUGACAGAUGAUCCAAUGUGUUAACAGUACUACUUUGCGGUAUUUCUGAGGAAACUACACCAUCAUGCGCCUAGUUUAGAACGAAAGUGCAUAGUGGACGCCAGACCCCGUCCAGGUCCGAGCUGCAAGUUGUAUUGUUACUAUAUGUGGACUGUAAAAGUUGACACCGCCAGGCGGUGCGCUUGAGUCGCAUCGUUGCUGUGAAAACUAAUCGUUGCUCACGACACAGUCGGUAGUCAUAUUCUUAUAGUGUAAAUAAUUUACAUUUACAAGUCAAUGUGCCACUAAAACUUGUUUUAAGGUACUCUAUAGCUUAAAUUAUAAUUGAUACCACGGUCGUUUAGUUCGAGCGUGCCGAUACUUGGCGCUCAAGCGCUCGGAGCGUCAGCUCACAUCAAACAAUCAUCAGAUCUCAUGACUUCCAACCUAAUUAUAAAGAAAUAAAUGAAAUGAAACAUUUCACGUGCAUUUUAU